AUGGCUGAGCAAGCAGCCCUGGCAUUUCAGGCCGUUGUUGGAAUUGUUGGGAUCUGCGGUAAUGGUUUGGUGUGCGGGGUGAUAGCUAAAGUUCGCUUCAUGCACACCCUGACCAACGCCUUCAUCUUCAACCAAGCCCUGGUCGAUCUCAUCGGGUCGUUGGUGAUUCUACUUCAAAGGUUCGUACCAAUCCCUGAUCCGAUACCUCCCGGGGCUAUCGGGGUGCUUCUCUGCGCUCUGUGGGCCACUAAGUUCCUCCAAUGGGGACCGUUCACCGUGUCCACAUUCAACCUGAUAGCCUUGACUCUGGAACGGUACUUGGCCAUAGUGUUCCCCUUCAGGUACCAAACGUUGGCCAGUCGAAAGAAAGCCACAGCCGUACUUGUUGGUAUGUGGGUGGCGGGAUUUUUGUUCUCCGUUUAUAGCAUCUAUUUCCGCUACUACGAGGACGGGGAAUGCGUACCGAAUCAGGUGGCUCACCCGCGAGUUAUUGGGGUGUGUGUCUUCUUCGUGAAGUUUUUCCUGCCUGUCAGUGUCAUGCUCGUAGUCUACGGCCACAUAAUGGUGGUUCUGAAGAAGGGAACUGGCAGAAUUCAGCCUGGACCGGCGGCUGCAGGUCCAUCUACCGAGGGCCAGGGGGAGUCGCUGAUGCGUGCUCGCCGUAACACCUUCAAGACCCUCCUGAUCGUCUGCGUGGCGUUCAUCAUUUGUUGGUCACCAGACCAGAUCUUCUUUUUCCUCUUCAACAUCGGAGUGGAAGUCGACUUCAACUCUCCCGUAUCCUACUUAUUUGUCGGAAUGGUUUCUCUCAACUGCUGCCUGAACCCGUUCAUAUACGCCAUCAAGUACAAGCAGUUCCAAAAGGCGCUGAAAGUUGUCUUUGGUAAGAGGGGUGACAGGGCUUCAGUCGCAACUCUAAGUACAGGUCAAAACUGA